CCAAGCUUGGACACGAGCAGUUGUUGCCCCGCCCACAGAUGCGCAAGUGGAGUGUCGCGCGGGGUUAUACGUCAUUCGCGCCGCGACGCUGGAGCGCGUAGGCGGGGUGGGCGGCGGUGGCGGCUUGUGGGGGCUGCCGGCGGAGGGUCCAUGAGGGGCCGGAUUUUGCGGGCGUGGCGGGGCCGGUGGAGCCUGGGGCGGGGCUACGCUUCGGGAGCCGCGGAGGCUCCGAGGCGGGAAAAGCCGCCCUGGCGGGUCCUGUUUUUUGGGACUGACGGCUUCGCGGCGGAGACCCUCCUAGCGCUCCAGGCUGCCCGGUGGGUCUCUAGGGCGGAGGAGGGAAGGGGGAAAAGGCCUUCGGCAGCCGGGUCAAAGGUUUUGGUUUGUGGGACAGGGAGAGGGUGAAAGGGCAUCGAGUGAAAGGGAGAAGAGAAGCUCCAAGAACAGGAGCUGCCCAUUUCUAGCUCACUGUGGCUAUUAACCCAGUAGUGGCUGCUCUGACUGACAGUAGCAGCAGCAGCAGCAGCUGUAUUUUGAGAAUGGUAUUCCUCAUCAACUAGCUACCUCGCUGUUAUUACCGGUAUCAUUAUCAUUAUUUUUCGUUAACUGCCCUUCAGCACAAUUUCCCACCGUGGGUUGCAGCAUUUUAAAGAUACAUACAAUAUUAAGACCAAUUUAAAACGGAUGCAAUCAAAAGAAUGGAGAGUGUCCAUAUAGGCUUUCCAAGCAUUCCAUCCUCAAAGAUCCCUAAGUGCCACCUUGGAAACAGCAUCAUUUCAUUUUAUCAAAGCAAGCCGAUUAAGGCGACAGACAAAAUGUUUUGCAGCAUAAAUUAUAAAAUACUGUUCUGUUGGUUAAUCACAGUACUGUGUGGGUAUGUAUAUAAAAGGUAAAGGGGACCCCUGACCAUUAGGUCCAGUCGUGGCCGACUCUGGGGUUGCAGCGCUCAUCUCGCUUUAUUGGCCGAGGGAGCUUCUGGGUCAUGUGGCCAGCAUGACUAAGCCGCUUCUGGUGAACCAGAGCAGCACAUGGAAACGCCGUUUACCUUCCCACCGGAGCGGUACUAUUUAUCUACUUGCACUUUGACAUGCUUUCAAACAGCUAGGUUGGCAGGAGCAGGGACCAAGCAACAGGAGCUCACCCUGUCGUGGGGAUUCGAACCGCCAACCUUCUGAUCAGCAAGUCCUAGGCUCUGUGGUUUAACCCACAGCGCCACCCGCGUAUAUCAGGUGUCAAAAAGCCAGUGUAAAUAGGAGUGACUUGAGGAUGGAGAUGGAGGGGGGUUCCCUCAGUGCCCCAAGGUGUUUGUAUUGUGCAGAAGGCAUUGGAGAGAUAAGAAUGAUAGCAUAUGUGGGAAAAGAGGGACUAGCUCAAUUGGCAGAGUGAAUGCUUUGUAUGGGGAAGGGCCAAGGUUCAGUUGUUGGCAAUUCCUGUUAAGUAGAUUUGGCAGAUGGUGAUGAGAAAGACCAUAGACCUUGGAGAGCUGCAGGCAGUCAAAGGAGACAAUACUGGGCUAGAUAGACAAAGCACCUGACCUGGUAUAAAGGAGCUUCUUGUGGGAGGGCAUUUACUGGGGUGGUAGCAGCUUGGCACUGUUCUCAAACAGUGUCCUCCAUAAUUCUCUUUUAUGUCCUGUGGCAGAGAGGCCAAGUCAGGUCGUCUUGUGGACCGUCUAGAGGUGGUAACGCUCCAUUCCCAGCUGCCCAAGGGUCUCCCUGUCAAGAGCUGUGCAGAGCAACUUAAGCUCCCCAUCCACCUCUGGCCAGAUGUAGGUCUGUGUGAUCACUUUGAUGUCGGUGUGGUGGCAUCAUUUGGACGCCUUCUCAGUGAGGACCUCAUCCUGAAGUUUCCAUAGUAAGGCUGUGAACACAAAAUGUGUUGAGUAGUUUGUUUGUAUUGCAAUCUGGGAUGUGUGUUAAAGGAAAGUGGUUGGAGCAGGAUAAUAUGGGAAAGGCUGUAAUUCUUAAUCAGACUAGCAUUUUCAUGUAACUUUGUGCAGGAUUUUAGUGCCUGAAGACAUUAAUAACAAAUGCCCUCUCAAAUGCAUUAUUGUCUAAGGGGGUACAAUAAGGGUUGCUUUACAGGCACUGUCAGUCUAAAAUUGAAUUGAUUUAGUACUCUAACUUUCAAUGCAAAAUAUGUAGGGCUUUCACCAUAAAUUGAUGCAGAGUGUACAAUUCUUUGUACAUGCAAUGGGGAACCUAUUGGAAUAACUGUGUUGAUUUCCUAUUGAAACCCUUUACUGUGCAGUGUCAGCAGCAUUUGGCUAGUGAAUCUUGGUUAGAGAGUAGACUUUUACCUGUUGCAAGCACACAGGUAUGCUUGUAUGUAAGAAAAUAAUAAAGUUGUUUAUUGUAGGAAAUGCAUAACUUUGAUAGAAAAGGUUUCUCAUUCUAGUUCAACUAACUAGUCUAAAGAAGAAAAAUGUAGCCAUGCUUACUCCUUUGUUCUCUCAGAGGCUAGUUAAAGAUGACCUCUCAUCUUGAGGAGGAGGAAUUUGUAAACAGAAUGCAAUCUAAGACGUAUCAGUCUAUUAAUAAUAAUAAUAUUUACUAGAUUUAUAUACCACCCUUCAUCAAAGAUCUCAGGGCAGUUCACAAGACAAGUUCUAAACAACAAGGAGAGAGAGACAAGUAAGCUGAUAGGUCGUGAGUGUGUGGAUGUUCCUUACUCUGUCAAUCUAUCAAAAGUGUUUACAUCUCAACCUGCUAAUUUCAAUUAGCCAGUUUUGAUGUUACUUAAAGGCAUGUUGUCAUGUACUCCCUCAUUUACUUUUUCUUACCCUUCACUUUUCUUGAUCACGUUUUCCACUGUUUAUCAGUGGGACAGUUUACUGGUUAUAGCAAAAUACAAAAAUAGGAGAAUACCUUUUUACUGUAUGCAUAGUUAUGUAAUACUAAGUUUUCACAUUAUAUUUUCAUAUCUUUGGGCAGUUACAGUGAAUGCUAAGUUGCAUUUUUUAAAGUGAGUUCUCAAAAUGGUUACUAUUCGCUUAUAUAUGUUACAGAAUUACUGGUCCUAUUCUAACUUCCAAAUGUUCUGAUUCAGUGGUGUGCUGAAUGUCCAUCCCAGCUGUCUUCCAAGGUGGCGAGGCCCAGCACCGAUAAUCCACACAGUGCUCCAUGGAGAUACAGUUACUGGGGUGACAAUUAUGCAGAUCAGGCCUAAGAGGUACAAUAGCUAUUUAAUUCAACAGAACUUUGGUGCAAACAUGUCCUUUUUAAGAACUCAUAAUUUCAUGGGUGCCAAAUAGAGAUGGGGGAAGAAUCUGUUUGGUCAGCAUCUCUAAGCAGGCUGACGUGAUCAAGUGCUCCCAGCUUUGCUUGUGGACCCAAACACAGUUCCCAGUCACUUCUCCAGAUUUUGCAAUGCAUUUUCAGUGCACUAAAAAUGCACCCAAGAAUGUAUUUUCUAUGCAAAAGAUGUGUAUACAAUGUGCAGUUAACUGGUAAAUGAAUUUUAUGUAAGAAGUGUGUAGAAAAUGCAUAAAAUGGGAUGGAAUUAGUUGUUCAGUCCAUCCUUGAUGCUGGGUAAUCUUCUCAGUGUCUUAAAUUGCUUUGUGUUACUAUUAAGGCAGUGGUUCCCAAAUCUUCAUCCCCCACAGAUCACUUGAAAAUUGCUGAGGGUGUUGGCAAAACACUUAAAUGGGGAAGCUUAGAGGGAAGGACUUUAGUUAAGUGGUAGAGCAUCUGCUUUGCAUGCAGAAGGUCCCAGGUUUGAGCUCUGACCUCCUCAGGUUUGGUUGAGAGAGACUCCUGCCUGAAAUCCUGGAGAGCCUCUGAUGAUCAGUGCAGACUAGUGUUUCUCAAACUUGGGUCUCCAGCUGCUGUUGGACUACAACUCCCAUAAUCCCAUAAUCACUGGUCCUGUUAGCUAUGAGCAGGAGUUGUAGUCCAACAAUAGAUGGAGGCUCAAGUUUGAGAAACACUGCUAUAGACAGCAUUCAGCUAGGUGGACCAGUGACAGCUUCCUGUGUUCCUUAAAGUUUUGUGUUGUGUUCCUAGGUUUGAUGUAGGUCCAAUUAUCAAGCAGGAAACAUUCACAGUGCCACCCUGUUGUUCAGCAAAAGAGUUGGAAUCCAUGUUAUCCAAACUUGGGGCAAGUAUGGUAAGUUAACACUGCUCCCCCCUCCCCAAGUUGCAUCUCUAAAACAGUUGAAAACUUACGAGAUGCUUAGAAAUUCCAAGUUAUGGGAACCAGGUCAGUUGAAGCAUCCAGUUUCUAAGAGACAACAAGUUGAACAUUGAGAAACUCACUUUCCUAAGUUCAGAAUAUAAAUACAGUGGUACCUCGGGUUAAAUACUUAAUUCGUUCCGGAGGUCCGUUCUUAACCUGAAACUGUUCUUGACCUGAAGCACCACUUUAGCUAAUGGGGCCUCCUGCUGCUGCUGCGCCGCCGGAGCCCAAUUUCUGUUCUCAUCCUGAAGCAAAGUUCUUAACCUGAAGCACUAUUUCUGGGUUAGCGGAGUGUGUAACCUGAAGCGUAUGUAACCUGAGGUAGCACUGUAACACUAUUAUUGUAGUCAAAACAUGGUUUUCAUGCUGUGUGAUGUAUGUUUCGGGGUUUUUUCUUCCUUUCAGCUCAUUUCUGUUCUGAAAAACCUACCUGACAGUUUAAGGAACAAGACAGAGCAACCAAAGGAAGGAGCAACUUUUGGUAUGUACCCGAUGUUUCAUGUUUGUUCUUGUGAGCACAUUGCAAUCAAGCCUACAGUUUUUCACAGUUCAGGAAUAGCAGCUGGUCUUUCUGAUAGCCCAGAAAAAAUGGAUCAUGACCUCCCCCGCAGGCCACUUUGACAUCAGUUGACAACCUUAAAGAGGCACACAGUCAGUGCUGAUCAGCUGACUGGCACUGACAACACACCUUCAAAGGGGGCAGCUGUCAGCAAGAGCAAUUUGGUGUGCAGCUGCAUGUUUACCUGCCACACAUGUCAGAUGUGGGGCAAGUGAGCAUGGUGUAGGUAAAAUGGCCUGGCCACAGUAGGAUCCCUGCCAGGUCUCAUUAGACCCACAGGCCAGAAUUUUUCCCAUUGCCAUUCCACCUUGGCACAACAGCAUUGAGAGAGGGAGGGUGCUGAGAGACCAGUCUGUGGUAAAAGCCCCUCAGUUUGCAAGGAAAGAAGCAGGGGGAACCACAAUGCAUUGCAGUGAAAGAAUACUGGUGGUGCAAUCAUUUGAACUGUAGGGUUAAGAAUGUAAGACAAGCCAGUUGGAUCAGGCCACUGUUCUCUCUUGAGCACAAGAGCCUUCUCCCCUUUUGCAGUUUCCAGCAACUGGCAUUCAGAAGCUUCCUGCCUCCAACUGUGGAGGGAGAGCAUAGCCAUCACAGCUAGAAGCUGUUGGUAGCCUUUUAGCUCUAGGAACUUGACUCAGAGUUCACUCAUUAACUUUCGUUUUGUUAUCUUAAAGCUCCUAAAGCCAGCAUUGCAAUGAGCUGCAUCCAGUGGGAAGAACAAACUUCUGAGCAGAUAAUGAGGAUGCAUCGUGCCUUGGGAGCAAUGGUAAUGCAGUGUUGCAAAGAAGUUCACUAAAAUCCUAGGCUACAAAAGAAUUUCAAUAGCCUAUCAAUUAUAUAUAAUUAAAUGCUGAUUUGGGAGAGAAUUUCUCCCACCCCUUAGUAUUCAGCUUUGGAGGAAAUGGGUUAACCCCACCACUUACCAGCUGUUCUGGGAUUGCAAAAUUAAAAUUAAAAAAAUCCAAGGGGGGGAGGGAUGCUAGUCGAUUUUUUACUUUGCUGUAGCUUCAAAUGAGCAACUCGUUCACCCACAGUUACAUACUAGCUUUUUGUUGCUCAGAUUCCUUUGAUUUAGCAAAGAUUUAAACUGCAUGCCUUAUUUCCAACAAAGCUACAGGGCUGGCUGGUAAAGGCUGACCUUGAUUUUUAAAAGUUGUUUUAAAUCUAAAAUGCACUCAAAUUUCAUACACCUUGGGGAAACUAGUUUGCAUCUGACCUAGUCUUCUUGUAUUUGAAAUGCUUCUGCUAAUACACAUCAGAAAAAAGCAGAAACUAGCCCUAAAUUUGUGUUUGUAUUGCUGACUGAACAUGAAAACAGUUUGACAACUCUGGAUUCAUUUAGCUGAAAUGAGUGUGAACAUCUGUGGCUAAGGGGGCCACCAGGGGGCGCAUUGGAAGAUGGCCGACAAUAACAUCUCUCCGACCCACACGAGGUAAUUAAGAGGCUGCUAUGGGAAGUAUGCAGCCUUCCUUGCCCCCCCAAGGGGAUGGGGGGGACUGCCUUGCCAGCAGUGUCCAUAAUUCACCCCCGGAUUCGAAAGAAGGGGGUGUGGACACUUAGCACGAAGCCCUCGGGUGAAGUCGGCUCUUCCUGACGCUGUCUCCAAUUAGCGCACUGGUUCGCAUUAGCUCGAAAUAUUUAAUUGGAAAUAUAUAAUUGGAAAGAAGCUAAUGCACAUACAUCAGGUGAAGAUCGGGAGUAAAGACUGCUGAUUAAUGGGAUCUCUGUGAGCGGAGCGAUGGGCGUGAAAAUAAAUCAAGUGAAGAAUCAACAUCAAGAGAUUGGUAUGUUGGAGUGAAAUGGAAAGGGAGGGGAGGAAAAAGCUUUUCUUUUUUUGCCUUAUGUGAGUACCAUUAACCCUCCCCUCCAGACAGAGAGAAGAAUCGUUGCUAUUAUUAAUCAUAAGCAGGAGGCUAAGAACUGUGUGGGAGUGAAUUAUUGAUUGAGGAGAGGACUGGUGGAAAUACUGGGGAAUGAAAGGAAAGUUUUAUGACGCAGUUAAAAAUGGAGUUUCGUGAAGACAGGCUUGCCUAAGGAAGACGAGAGGGAGGAGGACCAGGGUCCUUGGAAUGUGAAUGUAUGGUUAUCGGAACGUUAUCUUGACCUGGCAGGGCCCUCUGAGAUAUAGAUUCGCAAGCCUGUGAAUCAACGGACAGACUGAUGUUUUUAACGGAGGUGUGGAAAUGGCGUCUGUCCUUUAUGUGAUACGAUUUUUGGAGAGUGUAAAACCCACACAGGAGAUGUUUGUCUUUCACCUGCUUGUGAAGAUUAUCAGAGAUCACAAAGAAAGGAAUAUAUGAUAACAACAAGAAGAUGAAGAAAAUAACAGAAAGACUAUCUGGACAGAACUGGAUAGAACUGUUUGAUCAAGGCAGCAGCAAGAGUGAUGUUUUGACCCCUUUCGGAACUUGAAGUAUGGGUACCCCCAACAAAAAUUUUUUAAAUCCGGCUGUAUAAUUUGGAUUUAAUGUGAUUUGAUUGGCCUGAUAAUAAAAAUUAUAUUUAUGAACAUCUGUGGCUAAGAUACCUUACUGUACCUUUUUCAGAUGCCCCUGCAAACACUCUGGAUGGGUACUACUGUAAAACUCUUGGAUUUUGUGGAAGUGGAGACAUUACACGAUCAUAAUGGUAUGUACAUACAUCUCAGCAAUUUUGGUUGUUAGCUAUGGCACAAAAAGUAGUUAAACAUAACACUGGAGGCACUUCUGUGAAACUGAAGUUAUAUAUCAUUGCUUGUCUUUGCUGCAAGUGUUUCAAAUUGCUGUGUGGCCUUUUAGCUUGGUGUCAUCUUACCUUCUGGCCAUAAAUGAAGACCCUGCCUUUGAUCUCUAAAAACUUUUAUGACCAACAGACACCAGCCUGCAGAGGCAGGGUUCAGUAGAGGCAGUGAUUUCUUACCAUGACAACUAAGAUCAGCCAAGAGAACCUUGUUUGGGUUGGCCUCCAUAACAAAUAUGGAUGACCUGGGGGGUGUAAAUCCUUUUGAGUGGCUUCCUGCAAGUUAUGCAACCUUCCCUUGGAUGUUUACUAAAACCUGAGCUUAAGCAACACUUGGAAGCAUCGCAAUAUAUUUUCAUUUGGGCUGGUUCUGUGUGGCUGAUGAUACAUCGGGCAUGCACAACUCCACAACAGCCUGUUGUGGGAAAACUAAGUCUAGAACAUGUGUUUUGUGUUCAGAUAGGUUAGCAGCUGAAAACGGAACCGUCCCAGGAUCAGUGUUCUAUCAUAAGCAGUUGCAGACACUGGUGAUUCGUUGCAAGGUAUGUUUGUAUAUAUGUGGUGUUUCACUUUUCUUUCCUCCGAUGGCUAUAACUAGACUGUUCACAGGCAGCUGCAGUAAGGGGAACACUUUGCAAAUCAAAUUUAUGUUGAAGUUGCUUGCUUUUACCACUCAAUGGCUUGGAGAAUCAAACUAUGCAUAGUUCGCAAGCAUUUCCUAAAUCCAUCCCUCCUUCCCAUUGCAUUACAGUAACUUGGGUUUUUAAACAUGAUUGAGAACUGACAGGAUACUGAAUUUCAUGGAUUGUAUCCAGUGUUUGUCCUCAGAGUAAACAUCUUGUAGUUAAUGGGCAUAACUUUACUUAGUUCCACUGAUUUCAAUGUGUCUUUUCUUGAGUGUGUAAGUCAGUGGGAUACAACCCCAUGUUUUUGCUGUGUGACUUCAUGACUUGUGGGAUGUGCUGAGACCUCUCCAAGACUCAGCUUCACCUUGUUCUUUCCUCCCCCAGGAAGGCUGGGUUGGAGUUAAAGCUGUGGUGCUUAAGAAGAAGCUGACAGCUGCUGACUUCUACAAUGGCUACUUACAUCCUUGGUUCCAGCAGAAUUCCAAAAUGACUCCCGGGACGUGCAGGUUCCAAACACUCAAGCUAGCCCCAGCGAAAAGGAGUCGGCAAGGAACACUGUUGCAUGUUCGCAACACAUAGCAAUGAAGGCCUGGUACGCUGUCUGAAUCAACCAGGUGUUUGUUUAUGCUGGCAGGGUUGGAGACAUCUCCACGCCAUAUCAUCUCUGCAUCAGAAAUUGAGUCUUGGUGUCUCCCUGCGUAGCCAUCAAUUGAAACAGGGAUGGAAGGAACAGGAAGAUGUCAAGAGGCGGUGGAGUUUGACUAUUGCUCCUCUAUGGGUCUCCCAAACGGUUUUCAUUCCGGCUACCCUGAACAGUGUGUUCAUCCACAGUAUCUGUAGCCUUGAAAUAAUCUUUUCAGCUCUGCGAGAGGGAUUUAUAUGGGCAUCCUUUUUCUGGCUUUCUAGGUUAACAGUACAUUAAUCCUUGUACUCAAAAGUGCAGGUUUGUAAAGUUACCUUAGAUAACAAUGGUACACUUACUGCAAUAUUGAAUGAUAAAUUAUUUUUUACAUAAGUUUAUCU